AAGAUCAGCAAAGGACAGUUGCCACCAGCCACUCCACUCCUCUCAAACCCUUCUCACCAACUCGCAUCUAGAAGCAAUUCUCUCUCUUUCUCUCUCUCUCUCUGAUUACUUAGAGUCAAAAGCUUAAAUAUAUAACCCCCACAUCAAGUCCUUAAAGUGCCGGCCUUGAUGCUCAAGCACCACCAAGCCUUAGACUACUUUCAUAUUCUACACUAAUCCUUCCCAGAAUAAAAGAGGUAGCAAAAGAAUACCAGCAAUAGCACAAGUCCAGGAGCCUGUAAAGCAGUUUGUGUUUGCAUCAUCACUUGGUUUACAACAAAUAAUGGGGAGGUCUCCUUGCUGUGAGAAAGCCCACACAAACAAAGGGGCAUGGACCAAAGAAGAAGACGAUCGUCUCAUCGCUUAUAUUCGUGCUCAUGGAGAGGGUUGCUGGCGCUCACUGCCCAAGGCCGCCGGCCUCCUUCGCUGCGGGAAGAGCUGCCGCCUCCGCUGGAUCAAUUACCUCCGCCCGGAUCUCAAACGUGGCAACUUCACUGAAGAAGAAGAUGAACUCAUUAUCAAACUCCACGGUCUUCUUGGCAACAAAUGGUCCCUUAUAGCCGGAAGAUUACCGGGAAGAACAGACAAUGAAAUCAAGAACUAUUGGAAUACUCACAUAAGAAGAAAACUGUUGAGCCGGGGAAUUGAUCCCACAACUCACAGGCCCAUCAAUGAGGCUGCAGUACCAGCUUCACAAGAAUCCAUCACAACCAUCUCUUUCUCUGCUACUUCAAACUCAAAAGAAGAGAAAAUUACAACAACUACUACUACUACUGCUGCAGAUGUGAAUUUGAUCAUUAGCAAAGAAGAGAAUAAGAGCCCGGCUAGAUCAGAAAGGUGCCCUGAUUUGAAUCUUGAUCUCAGAAUCAGCCCUCCUUCUUAUAAUCAUCAUCAAGCUGCUGAGCCAUUGAAAACAGGUGGAAGAAGUAGUAGUAGUAGCAGUAGUGGUACUUUGUGCUUUGCCUGUAGUCUUGGGGUACAAAACAGCAAAGAGUGCAGUUGUAGUAGUAAUGGGAUAAUUAGUGGGAGUAGCAGUAAUUCUGGGUAUGAUUUUCUGGGGCUGAAAACUGGAGUCUUGGACUACAGAAGCUUGGAGAUGAAGUGAAAAUUCAAUUCUCAUGUCUGGGCUUUUAAUUUCUUUGUAAUAAUAAUUAAAACAUUAUAAUUAAUCCAAGACUAAUAGUUAGAUGAAAUAUUGUGAAGGAGUAAUUAAGGUCCUUUUUCGAAAUUUUCUUUUGUUUGUACAAGUAACAGUUGAAUACUUUUAUUGCAUAUAUAUCAUUAUAGCAGCGGUACGGAUUAUGACGACCCAUUUAUUACUAA